UUUUUAAUUUGUAUUUAUUAAGAUGUUGUAUUUGAGAGCAGUAGCAAGAAUAAUCAUCAUUAUCCACCAAAUGCUGAGCUGUCUGGUGCUGGAAACACUUGUACACGCUUUGUGUAGACUUGAACUGAAACAUCACAGCAGCACCAUGUAAGACAGUUACUGUUUGUUCCUUAUCAUAUGGAUGGGGAAACUGAGUUUUGGAGGUCAUAGAAACCCUAAGAAGUACCUAGAGAAGGAUUCAAAUAUAAGCUGUGUUCAAUUUUCUGAGAGUUGUUAUUUAAAUAGGCUGCUCUGAGCAGGAAUGAAGCUUGUGAUAGACCAGUUGAAUUGGGCAGCCAUGCACUGUAUCCCUAGUAAGACAAGUGAACACUUGAGUAGAGACAUAAAUAAAUAAGCAAAUCCCAGGUGAAACUCUUACUUCAGAUGGAAACAAAUUACAUUCUAUUUACAAUCGAAUGCAUUUGUCAUAGUAUUCCAUAAUUUCCUAAAGUAUCCUUUCAAUUGGUAGGACUUCACUACACUAUGCAUGUGCUCAUAACCAUCCAGAAGUGGUGAUGCUGUUAAUCAAGAGCAACUGCACUGUUAAUGCCCAGGACGAUGAAGGCUGCACACCCUUGAUUAAGGCCACAGAGCGAAACAACCUGGAAUGUGUUUCUAUAUUACUGAAGCAUGGUGCUGAUCCACACAUGGCAGAUUUUACUGGAAAUACAGCCCUCCACUAUGCAGUGUAUAAUGGAAACAGAGCAAUAGCCAGUGAACUGCUCAAGUACAAAGUAGAUAUUAACGCCACAACAAAGCAUGGCUUCACACCAUUUUCCCUUGCUGUAUUUGAAAAAAGAGAGAAGAUGGCAGAGUUUUUAACAGAGAGGGGUGCAGAUGUACAUGAAGUCAUUGAGUUGAAUAGUGAAGAAACAUCUUUCAAACAGCCAGAACAAAGAAGUAAAAAGCAUAUCAGGUUCAAUGAAGAAGUGCACUACAAUACUGGUUUGAAGUCUUGCUGCAGUGAACUAAGACCUCCAGAACAGCUAAAAUCAAUACUUAAAAAGCCUGACCAGAUCAGUACAGAAGUGGAUAACAAUAUGGAAGAGAAGUCUUUAUCCAGGCUCCCUGACAAACCUGACCCUGAUAUUCCUGGGCCUUCAACAGAGAACAAUGACAGUAUUUCCAUUAUAAAGAAAGUAUCUAAAGACCCAGAAAUUAAUAUAAACAACACUGAGUGUAUCUCUAUAAAAACUUCAUCGAGGUUUUUACAUCAGAGCAAGCUGGUCAGAAGAAGAGUAGAGAACAGAGUUCGAAAACUUUUAGGAAGACAUGAAGUUAAUGUUUGUUCUCAGGGAGAGCCACUACCUAUUACCUCUGAAGGAAAAACACCUAUAAAGAAUCUAUCUACAGACUCAGCAAUAGAGAUGCUUGAUAGAGAAUCUGUACCUUUGGGACUUCCUCCUGAGGACAACAGUGAUGAUAUGUUGCUGGUGCAAAAGAAUACUCAGGGUGACAGCCCCAUCCAAAAGGAGACACCAAAGUUGGUUUGUAGGCUCUCUAGAAAAACUGAAGUGAAUGUUACUCUUGAAGAAGAGAUACUACCUAGUACCUCUGAAGGAAAAACAUAUUCUAUGUACCUGAAGGAAAGAUUAAAGGAGAGGAUGAAAGAGGGUACUGAAAACUCUGAAUCUGAUGCUUCUGAUGAAGAACCGUUUCCCAGUACCUCUGCAGGAAGAACACAUUCGAUGAGACCAUCUCUACAACAAAAAGUAAAGAAAAAAUAUGAAGACGACCAUGACGGUUUCCCUUCACAUUCAGAAGAGUCCUUGAUGCAAACUGAUGAGGGCAGGCAGAGUGAUUCCCAUUGUAUGCCUCUAAACAAAUUCAUCAAAGAAGAAUUAAAAGAAGCAUUUUGUGAAAUAUUUGAAAGAAAUAAAUACGAUACCUCUUUGAAGAAAGAACUACCUCAUGUCUCUAAAGAAAGAAAACAGCUAAGGAAAAUACCUAAGGAACAACAGCUAAAGAAUAAAUAUGACAGCAAAUCCCAACAGCCUGGUGAGCAGGUUUCUGCCAAGACAGCAAAGGAAGUAGAGUGUGUACAUCUUAAAGAAAUUGAUAAAAAAGAUUUCAAAGUGAAAAUUUGUGAAGUUCUUGAACAACAGGAAAACAAUGUUUGUCCUAAGGAAGAAGGAAUACAUCACAUUUUUAAAGGAAAAACAAGAGUUAAGAAAGUAUCCCAAAAACAAGAAAUGGAGAAGGAGUACAAUGUCGGAUAUGCAUCCUUCUGGUCACAGCCUCCUAUGAGAACAGAUGAGGCAACAGUAGGCGAACAGAAUUUACUACAGCACAAACAUCUGAAAGAGCACUUCCAAAAAGACUUAAAGGAGAUGGUUCGUGAACAAUUUGAAAAUUCUGAAGUUCUUCUUUAUCCUAAGGAAGAGAAGCCACCUGAUGACUCUAGAGGAGUAAGGCACAUAAAGGUUGAAGAAAAGAAGACAGGGUAUUUGUAUGUACCCCAUUUUAGCUCUUUUGAGCAUAGACUCGCUGCCUUGAGAGCUACUGCACACAUCGAACCAGCUCCUGCUGCCUGCCCUGGUGGUGCAGGUGACAUGGGUGACAUGGAUAAAGCUCAAAAGUCUGAACUGGCUCUCCCACUUGCUUUAGCUCUUCAAACUGAGCACCCAGGGGGCCAACGACAAAUUAAGCCUGAGCCUGUUCCUCAGUACUGUUCUGAUGAGAUCACUGACCCUGAUCACAAUGUUGACUUUGCUCUUAACUCCUGUCUUCUUGCUCCAGGCAAGGGUGACAGGCUCAGUACUGAUCCUGAAUCUGCUCCUCUUUGUGGCCCUUGUGACAUGGAGGACCCUGGUAAUGAUGCUGACCCAGAUGCCCAUGCUGCACAUUCAAAUGACCACUUCACCCAAAGCAUGAACACCAAUACCAGGCCUGCUCCUGCUUGUGGCAGAGGCGACACCACUGAUCAUGAUAAUGGCACAGAUCUGGGAUCUGCCCUUCCUGUUGUUGUUGACUGAUGGUUGAUACACCAAAUCCUACAAGGGUGGUCUGGGGGACUCUAACCAAGAAGCUGUUUACUAGUAAGAAAAAUGAUGAUCAGGGUAAGUUACCAUACAAACAGUGGUUUAAAAUAGAAGAUGAUUUCUGUCCUUGAAAACUAAUUUUUUUGGUACUAAAACUUAUGAUUAAUAAAUUCCAUGCUUCAUAUAGGGCUUUCUAAACUUUACCUGGUAUCAGGAAAAAAUUCUCUUUUUGCCAAUAAUAUUGAAGAUACACCAUAUUUUUUAAAAAAAAGGCAAUGCUAGACUGUCUCAAAAUGUGAUUAGAGGAGUUUCCCUGGCAGGAACAUGACUUAGCAGAGAGAAGGAUUUCACAUCAAG